UUUUUGUGCCUGUGUUUUGUGGGGUAUUCUGGGGUAUGGAAUAAGAUAGAAUUCUAUAUAAGGAAGAGGGUGAUUCAUCCAGAGUGAAUGCAUUCAAGCAAAUUGGUUUACAUUCUGGUAAAUCAUGACCUGGAAAGCUCUUCUCUUGGUUGUGGCUUGUCUGGCGAGGGUCUGGGGCCUUCCCGCUACAGAGCUAGAAACACGUCAAUCCCAAAGCAAAUAUGUAUUUGCUCACUUCAUGGUCGGCAUCGUGGAACACUAUCAGCUGUCUGACUGGAUCGAAGACAUGAAGACAGCUCAAGAUAUCGGCAUCGAUGCAUUUGCUCUCAACUGCGCAAGCAUAGACAAGUACACUCCCACCCAGCUAGCACUAGCAUACACAGCGGCCGAGCAGGUCGGCUUCAAAGUCUUUAUCUCCUUCGACUUCGCCUAUUGGAGUAACGGAGACACAGACAAAAUCACUGCUUAUAUGAAGGAAUAUGCCGGCCAUCCAGCUCAGAUGCAGUAUAAUGGCGGCGCGCUCGUGAGCACAUUUGUCGGAGACAGCUUCAACUGGGGCCCUGUCAAGCAAGGCACGCCGCAUAAAAUUUGGGCAGUGCCGCACCUUCAGGACCCUGCGGGAGUUUCGACUAAUCCUAGUCGAUCCGUUGAUGGUGCGUUCUCUUGGUAUGCCUGGCCUACCGAUGGAGGGAAUAGCAUAAUCCCAGGUCCAAUGACUACGAUUUGGGACGAUCGGUACAUUAAGCAACUUGCUGGGAAUACGUAUAUGGCUCCUGUGUCACCGUGGUUCUCAACCCACUUCAAUAGCAAAAACUGGGUCUUUAUCUGCGAGGAUCUCCCUACCCUUCGAUGGGAACAGAUGCUCCGACUUCAACCACAGCUGGUUGAGAUCGUAUCAUGGAAUGAUUACGGUGAAUCCCACUACAUCGGCCCCUACUCCGCCCGUCACAGUGACGAUGGCUCUUCCCAAUGGGCGGAAGGAAUGCCCCACGACGCCUGGCGAGACCUUUACAAACCAUACAUAAAAGCCUACAAAUCGGGCGCCACGUCCCCUACCGUUGACAAAGAGGAAAUCGUCUACUGGUAUCGUCCGACGCCGAAAAACGCGCCUUGCAAUGGAGAUCCCCUAGGAAAGCCCAACGGCGUCGACAUGCUCCACGACAGUGUGUUUGUAGCGACCAUGUUGAAGGAGCCUGCUACUUUGAUCGUCACGAGUGGCUCCAACCAGCCCGUUUUCAUUAAUGUUCCGGCGGGGAUUGUCACCUCGAGUGUUCCCAUGGGCGUGGGGUCUCAGAAGUUCUGGGUCACUCGUGGCGGCAAGGCAGUUCUUAGUGGGUGGGCGCCCAAGCAGAUCAACGAUACUUGUAAGUAUUGGAAUUAUAACGUGUAUGUUGGGUCUAUUACAACUAUCGGCUGAGUAUCACGGUGAGAGUUCCGGGUUCCAUGGUAUCGUCUAAAUCGAGGAUAGUUAUAUGUACCUAAGUUUAAGAUAUGAACGGAUAUAUUGGCCCAUGUUUGGUGAGCAGGAGGCAGUCAAUAAUCGAGCCUUUCCUGUGGGAUAUUAGGAAAUUGUGACCAGUGAUGCUGAAUCAUGGGAGCUGCGAGUUAAUCACAAUAUAGCUUCAAUCUGCGGGA